AUGUCGCUGCCGCGGCGCGUGGUCGACGCGGGGACAAAGGUCGCGCUGUCGGACAAGUUGCGCCGCAGCGCGCUGCUGCUGGUGGGGCGGCUGGCGCUCGACGAGCCGAAGACGUCGGCGCUGCUCGAGCGGCUGCAGCGGCUCGGCCUCUCGCUCCCGCACACGCGCGCGGGCGGAGGGCACAAAGCGGCGGCGAGGCUGGCGGCGAGAAACAUCCCGGGCGUGUCGAUGUGCCUCGCAAAGGACGUGAGCGUGCUCAAGCUGGUGUCGCACUCGGUGCUCCUGCUCUCGCUGGAUGGGCUGCGAGACCUCGAGAGCCGGCUCGGCGGGCCGGCGCCGUUCCCGCGCCGCACGUGGCCGCCGUCGGCGGCUAGCACGAGCGCCGCCUCGGCUCCCACCCCUCCAAAGCACUUGCAGAGCACCUCGGUCCUCGACGUGGAUGCCGCUCUCGACGCCAUCGGCUGCGGCUCCUUCCACUUUUGGACUGUCACCGCCAUCAGCCUCUUUGUCGUGGCACAGUCGAUCCAGACGAACCUGCUCGCCUUUCUGCCGCCGUGCGCCGGCGCUGCGUUUGGCGUUGACCCCGACGCCGCUGCUUUGAUUGCUUCUGCGUCGUUUGGCGCUUCGUGCAUCACCACGCCGCUUUUCGGCGCAUGCGCCGAUGCCUUUGGGCGGCGCACGGCCACGCUGCUCGCCAUCUGUAUCAUGAGUGUCGGUGGGCUCGCGUCGACAGCGGCGCCCACCUUCGGCACCCUCGUCCUGCUGCAGGCGCUCGUGGGCGUCGGCUUGAGCGGCGCCACCUGCCCCUUCGAGUUACUCGCCGAACUCUCUCCGUCGGCGGCGCGCGGCCGCACACUCAACUCGGUCGCGUGGGCGUGGGCCAGUGGUACCCUGCUCACCGUCUUGCUCGCGUGGGUUGUCCUCUCCGUCACCGCCGAGGACGACGAGGCGGACGCAGGCGGAGGCAAGGGUGGACACCCUCUGCCUGUGCCGUGGCGCCGGCUCGUGCUGGUGACGAGCAUGCCCGUGGUGCUCGCGGCGUGCGUGCUGCCUUGCGUGACCGAGUCCCCCUCCUGGCUGCUCGCCCAUGGCCGCCGCUCAAAGGCGAAACGGGUGCUCCGCCACAUGGACAGCGUCAACCGCGGAGGCGCGCUACACCACCUCAAAAAGCUGCUCGCGCCGCGCCACAAGAAGCCGGCUGCCGCCACCGCCGCCGCGCGCCUCUCGGGCUCCGGCUCCGGCUCGAGCGAGGCCAACCUCCACUUGCUCCGCUCCGCCACGGCGCCGCGCCACAGCCCGACCAAAGGUGGCAACGGCGGCGGGCGGGGCGGACCCCGCGCGUACACGCCGUUUGCCGAGCCGUCGGCUUGCACGCCCGCCGACGGCGGCGCCGACGCCGAGAGCGGCGGCGGCGGCAAAGGCAGUGGCGGCGCGGCGGCGGCGGCGGCGGCGGGCGACCUGAGCGAGCCGCUGCUGCCGGUGGAAGAGGGACGGGCCGGGGCCGGCACCAGACCCGCCGCCGUGGCGCCGCGCGUGACGCCGCUGAGCGCCGAGCAGAUCGGCACGGAGAGCCGGGCUGCAGGUGGCUCCUCUGCCGACGGGGUGGGCAGCCGGAGCCUGGAGGGCGCGCCGACGCCAGUGGAGUGGACGUCGCAGCGCGUGGUGCCGAUUAGCAAGGACACGCGACUCUCGCGCGCCGCAAUCAAGACGUUUGUCGGCGAGCAGGUCAAGAGGCCGCACACCACCGGCGGCGGUGUGCUCACCUCGUCCUCAAUCUGCGGCGUGCGGCGCCAGACGCUCAACCACUGGCUCUGCAACUUGGUCGGCGGGUUCGGUUGGUCGGGCGUCUUUCUGAUGAACGCGCUCGCGACGCGCAGCUCCGCCAACGAGUGCAGCUUCGACUACGCGCAGCAGGCGCUGAUCUGCUCGAUGGAGCUGCCCGGCACGCUGCUCGUGCAGCCGGCCGUCGACAGCUCACGAUGCCAUAUGGCCGUCGACACGCCUCGCGGCCCCCUCGGCUUGCUCGGCGGCCGCCGCGGCGUGCAAGUCGUGAGCAUGGCCUUCGCGGGUGUCUCCCUCCUCGCCGGCGCGCCGCUCGCCGCCGGCUCCACCGGCGUGCUCCUUUCGAACAUGCUUGCCCGCUCGUGCGUCACCGGCGCGCCCUCGGCGCAGCCGCACCGCUGGCGUGAGCGUGACAGGAUUGCGAGGCGUGUGAGCCGCGGUGCCAUAGGCGCGAACUCGGCGAUGUGCAUCGCCGGCCCCGAGCUGUACCCGACGGAGAGCCGCGGGCUCGGCGCGUCCAUCGCGCGGCUGUGCUUCCUGCUCGGUUCUGUGCCUGCCGCCAGUUGGGUCUACGCGGACCGGCCGAUGGCCGUCAUCGCGUCGGGCGUCGCCGUCGCCAAUCUGCUUGGCGCAGUGCUCGCGGCCACGCUGCCAGAGACUGCGGGGGUCUUGCUGGCCGGGACAGCGUAG